AUGCCUGGGUCAAAGAAGGGACAGAGCGUCUUGGAUGCAAACAGGAAAGUAAGUCAUGGUGACUUGUCUGUUAAUUGUAACGAUGUGUCUGAUGUUAAACAUGAUAUGGUUGAUGUUACUUUUUCGCCGUUCAGGGAUAAUAGGAACAUCAAACUCCCUGAAUUAGAACCACGGUGUUUUGAUGGAAACCCGUCUGAUUAUUUACAAUUUGUAAAGGCGUUUGAGAUCAUAUUGAGUAGUUUUUUAUUAAGUGAUGAAUUGAAGUCAAUGUAUUUGAUGAGAUAUUGCACUGGAGAUGCUUCAAGAGCUAUACACUGCUGUAAGUUUAUGAAGCCAAAAGAGGGCUACGAUGAGGCUAUGAGGAUAUUACGUCAAAGGUUUGGAAGACCUUCGAUGAUUGCAGGGAAAUUAUUCGAGGCUGUUAAAAGUAAUGGUGGUCAAUUACAGGAUGACUCCCAGGCACUCACUGAGUUUUCAGAUAAUCUUAUGACUUAUGAGAAUACCUUGAUUUCUAUGAAUUGCAUGAGUGACCCCAAUUGCAGCUCAGUCUUAGAGGUAAUUGCGAGACGCCUACCUACUCGACUGCAAAGGAAGUGGGUGAAGAUGAGCUCCCGUAUGGAGGAAGAGGGUAUCGAGCCAAAAUUUGAUGAUAUCCUGAAACUAGUAAAAGAUAGUGUCAAUCAAUCGAUGAGCAAGUUUGCCAGUAUAUUGAAUCUCACCCCUAGAAUAGAGCAGUCUGAGGGUAAAACGCAAUCAUUGAUGACGAAAGGGUCUCAGAGAGGUGGAUAUCAAGAAGGCACCAUGAUGUCCAGUAAUGCAUAUAGACCUAGUGAGUGUAACAGGUUUCGUAGUACAUCCUCAACAGAUAAGUUACAAGAUACAAGACGAACACGGUUGUGUUUCACACGUUUGCAAGAGGUGCAUACAAAGGUGAACUGUGAACCAGUAAGCAAGUUCAGUGAUAAGCUAAAUGUAAACCCCAGGCCUGACUCCGAAUUGUGUGACGAUAACGGUGUUGUGAAGAAGUCUGUAGUUGCAAUUACUAAGCCAUUGUUGAAUAGAGUGUCACAGAAGAGAGUUGCUGCUUCAGAGUGCAGUUCUGACCCUACAAGUUUACAAGGUAUUACUAGUCAGAGUGAAGAUAUAAAACCUUUAAUGAUUUGUGAGGAGGAGCCAAAAUUGUCUACUUCUGUUAUUAAAGAGUUUGAAAAUGAUGAAGUUGACGGUAAAUUGAAUAUUUGUGGUGAUGAUUAUGAUAGCGCAGUUUACGUUUUGGUUGACAAUGAUGAGAUGAGGGAUAUGCCUACAACCGCUACGUUAAAUAAAAGUUCUGCAAAAACUUGA